AUGACGGGGAUCUUCCUGGGGACGCUCCUCGGGGUCUCCCGGCGGCCGAGCUUGGUGGUUCGGGGCAGGACUGUACCUUUGGUUGCGUGGGAGGCCGAGCUGCUGCAGGAUAUGACGAGCCUCGGGCAGUGUGUUGCUCAGGGGGAUGACGUGUCACACUGCCAUUUUUGUCCAUAUCAGGGAAACGUAGAUGCCGUUCAUCAACAGCCUGCUGCGAAUAAUCAACUCCCAGUUCUAGUUCUAGAGAAAGUAAAACCAAAUUACAAUUACCAUCCUACCUACAGCCGUCAGCGGAUUUCACCUUCGCAGUUUGAUACGAAGCAGACUUACGAGCCUUCAAACUUGGUGCCUCAGAACAUGGAACCUGAUAUGAGGACUCAGGAAUCCAUAGGUAGUGGAGAUCGGCCGUCUUACGAUGGUUACAAUUGGAGAAAGUAUGGGCAGAAGCAAGUCAAAGGUAGCGAGUACCCGAGAAGCUACUACAAAUGCACACACCCUACAUGUCCUGUCAAGACGAAAGUGGAGAGAUCAUUUGAUGGACAAAUAGCCGAAAUAGUCUACAAGGGUGAGCACAAUCAUCCAAAGCCUCAACCUCCCAAGCGACAGUCAUCAGGUCCACAAGAGCAGGUCUUCGUCGCCGAAGAGUAUGGGAGUGAGACUCUCAAUUCAUUAUGGAGUAAUUGUGUGUUAGAAAUGAGUGUGUCCACUGGAAGUAUGGAUAACCAUAACGAAGUCAGUUUGUGUGGGAUUCUUACCUAUCCAGGGCAGAUGACGUUUUCCCAUGAUCCUCAUGCCGCUAGCUCGCAAGUUGGCAGAGCCGGAAGCAGAGCACUCAGUGUGGAUCCUGAGACGCUUGAUUGCAAGAGAAGGUAUGUUUAA